AUGGGAAAGUUCCAGCGCUCAAAAGUCACAACCCGGCAACCAGGAAGCGCACCAGCGCCAACCUACACCGUCAAUGACCUCCUUGCCCAGGCCAACCAGGCCCUCGACACAUUCGAGUUUGAGCUCGCCCACCAGUUCGCCAUGCGUGCCUUGCAAAUGGAGCCCCAGAAUCUCGCUGCUCUCGAGGCUGCUGGUUCCAUCGAGGUCGAGCUUGAGCUGUUCAACGAAGCCAAGGAGCACUUUCUCCAAUGCGUCAAGAUUCAGCCCAACUCUGGUUACUCAAAGUUCAUGUACCUCGGUCAAAUGUCGGAGCAGCUGGAGGCGAUCUCAUAUUUCCAACAAGGAGUCAACCUCAUGAUUGCCGAGCGUGCGGCCAUGCCUCAGGAUCUCACCAAAGGAAGCGAGUACUUGAUGUUGUCCAGCAAGAUCUCGUCCGCACUUUGCUCCAUGACCGACAUCUACCUUACCGACUGCUGUUUCGAAUCUAACGCAGAAUCACAGUGCGAGACUUACUUGGCACAGGCGAUCCAGAUUGAGCCUGUGACACCAGAGGUAUACCAGACCAUGGCCUCGGUCAGAUUGAGUCAACAGCGUGUGGAUGAGGCCAAGGCUGCUUUGGCGCAGGGAUUGGCAUUGUGGUUGGGAUCGGACCCAACCGAGGAAGAUGGGCCUACACCUGACUACGAGACCCGUUUGGCAUUGGUCAAGCUUCUGUUGGAGACUGCCAUGUACGACGAAGCCUUCACGGUCUUGAACGGAUUGAUUGAGGAGAACGACCAGGUCCCCGACACAUUAUAUCUCUUUGGAUGGGCCAACUAUAUUGCUGCCGAGGAGGUUGAUGAGUCUUCGCCUACCGCUGAAGAAGAAAGGCAAGAGCAGUUGGAAAACGCCAGGGAGGCAUUAAACGCCUGCGUCAAGCUCUGGCACACGACAGAGUCCACAGAUCAGCCUUUGCUGCAGCAUACCCAGGAGCUUUUGGAGACCAUCACUCAGGUUUUGGGGCCAGAAAUUGAGCAGGAGGAGAUCGAGGGCGGAGAAAUUGAGUACGAGGAUGACGACGAGGAGAUGAACUAA